AUGACAAAUAAGAUGAGCACCUUGAUGAACCUCAUGAAGGAAAUAAGUGAAAUCAAGAAGAAAAAUGAGGAGCAUGAGAACAGAAUUAUUUCUUUAGAGAACCGCUUGCUGGACUUGGAGCAGUACUCAAGAAUUAAUGAUUUUAUUGUGACAGGACUAAAAAUCAAACCAAAAUCAUAUUCCAAAGCGGUGGAGGGAGAAGACCUACAAGAUAAGGACAGACAUGACGAGUCAACUGAAGCCCAAGAACAGAGAGGAAGAGAGGAACUUAUACGUCACCACCGUGACAAAUCCUUCACAACAUCUGGAUCUUUAAAAAUUCAUCAAAGAGUUCAAACUGGAGAGAAACCAUACAGCUGCGACCAAUGUGAGAAAACAUUUUUGCGCUGCAGUGCCCUCAAAGCCCAUCAACGCAUUCACAUUGAAGGGGAACUGUCCAGUUUUUUCCAAAGUGGGAAGGAUUUCACAGAGUCAGGGAGCUCAAAAAAACAAGACAUUGACACAGCAGAGAAACUGUUUAGCUGUGAUCAAUGUGAGAAAGCUUUCACCACUCUACGUAGCUUAAAAAGUCACCACUGUGUUCACACUGCAGAGAAGUCACACUGCUGUGACCAAUGUGGGAAAACUUUUUCGCAACGCACGUCCUUUGAAACUCACCAAAGAAUUCACACAGGAGAGAAACCGUACAGCUGUGAUCAAUGUGGCAAAGCUUUCACACAGUUGAGUAACUUGACAACCCAUCAACGCAGUCACACAGGAGAGAAACGCAACAGGUGUGGUCUAUGUGGCAAAGCCUUUGCAAAGUCACGGGACUUAAAAAUCCACCAACGUAUUCAUACGGGAGAGAAACCCUACAGCUGUGAUCAAUGUGGCAAAGCCUUUGCACAGUCAGGGGCCUUAAAAAACCACCAACGUAUUCACACAGGAGAGAAACCCUACAGCUGUGAUCAAUGUGGCAAAGCCUUUACACAGUCAGGGGCCUUAAAAAACCACCAACGUAUUCACACAGGAGAGAAACCGUACUGGUGUGAUCAAUGUGGCAAAGCCUUUGCACUGUCAGGGGCCUUAAAAAGCCACCAACGUAUUCACACAGGAGAGAAACCGUACAGCUGUGAUCAAUGUGGCAAAGCUUUUGCACGGCCAUGGACAUUAAUAAGCCACCAACGUAUUCACACAGGAGAGAAACCGUACUGGUGUGAUCAAUGUGGAAGAUUAUUUGCCCGGUGCAGUACUUUGAGAACCCACCAAUGCCGGCAUGCAGGAGAGAACCUGUACAGCUGUGACUAGUGUGAGAAAGCUUUUAUUGAACGGUAUGACCUAGAAAUCCACCAUGUUCACACCAGAGAGAACCCGUCCUGAUGUGACCAAUGUUGGUAGUGACAUUAAAGCCCACAAAUGUGUUUACCCUGCAUUGUUUUGGACAUUUUCAGGGCCAGGCAAACAUCUUCCUACUGCUUCCUCCCCAUGCCCUGAUAGCUGUGUUGAUUUCUUACUUUUGUCUUUGAUUAUUUUUAUCUGUUUUUUAUUUCAACUGUAACCCUAUGUUGGACCACCAGAUUCCUCCCUGUAGGACUCCCUUGUGUGAGAGCUGAUCACAAACUUUUCAUAAUCAAUCAUGCAACUGUCCGGGGCAAUGUUGCGGCUCACAAUGCACCCGACCCUGAAGCGUAUCUCUGCGACUGGUGAGCCCACAGGAUGGUGACUCCAUGUUGAUCUUUGGGACUGUGCCCCACCGAGCCCCAUGAGUCAAGUCCAUGUAGAUAUAUAUAGGCUGAUUGACCAAAUAAGCAUUUGAAAACUGAUAUUGAUGCCUCUUACCAUGACUGUGAUCAAAGUAUUUGCAUCAGCCUGAGAUCUCUGUCACAGACAGGCUCUGCAGUCUCAGACGCUGACUCAACAUGCUGAAUGAAAUGUUUAGUGACUUGACUGAUUUUUGGUCCCGUGUGCAGCUUCCUUCUCUAGCCUGCCUCCAGAAGGGGGCUCUGUUUGUGUUGUCAUGGCGAGGUGCUCCAGGUCUGAUCCAUCAUGGUCUGUUGACGCACCGUUAGUCUGGCUCAGGGGCGAUUCUAGGAUCAGAGGUUUAGGGGUGCUGAGCACCCAGAGAGCUGCCCGGCCAGGCAAAAUAAAUUUCACUGUUCUGUACAUUGUAACGCAAUGUCAUUCCCACAUUUGUGAAAGUAAAGCACAACACUUUUUGGGAAAGUCUGUGACUAAACCAUCAAAUCUGAUAAAGGUUAUUUAAAUUCUGAGCUACA